AAUCAGCUCGGACAGAAACAUCUAAAGAAGAAGAUCAUAUAGGGGUUAAUAAACGGAAGACAUUAAUGAAGGUUUCUUUAUGGCUAAUGCUAGCUCUUUACGUGCCGCCAACCACUGCUCAAAAUAUUUUAUAUUUGAGAAACGAUUGGGGAGCAGAACCUCCAAAACAGUAUAACGAUGUUACCCAUCCUGUACAUAUGGUUGUAAUGAAACAUACCGGAGGGAGAUAUUGCGAUAACUUCAUAGACUGUUCCAAAGGAGUCAAAGAAUUACAGGAAUAUAGUGUUACAAUAGGAUCGCCUGACAUUUAUUGUAACUUCCUCAUAGGAGGUGAUGGAAAUAUAUUCGAAGGGAGGGGAUGGGGUGUUCAACCACAGGAUAGAAACAACACAGUUGAUAUAGUUUUUAUCGGAAACUAUAAUAUCGAUGAAAUUAAUUUCCGUAUGAUUGAUGCAGCGAAGGUUCUCAUGCAAACCGGAGUUGAGAAAAAGUAUUUGGAAGAGGAUUAUAUAGUUGUUUGUCACAAUCAAACCGUGAACACACUUAGCCCAGGACGAAACGUUUUCAAUGAGGUUCAGAAAUGGGAUCAUUACGAUAGAAAUUUGUAUUUCAAAAAUUAACGAACUGAGCUUCGGUUUCAAACAACACCCUGAAAGCAUUCUUAUAGUAUGCGUCAUGCAAAACAAGAAAUUCAAGAAAGAAGAUUGUCCAAGUCAACAAAAAAAAACACGAUAAUUCCCAAAAAUCAUUCUGGUAUCCCACACAUAUUGAAAAAUACAAAUUGAAUUCACGAAAGGAGUUUGCCUUCGUCUGAAAAAGUACUUUUGUUUCUUAUAGGUCUACUGAUCGAAAGCCAUAGUUCAUCUUAUUUUUGUAACACAUUGAUUGAGUCCAGAAUUUUCAACGACUCUAUAUAUUUGAAAAGGAAUUGGAAGCCGUUUGCUACAAUUUUCAUAUGAGUGAGAAUGGAAAUGUUUUAUGUGAAAGAGAGUGAAAUAUUUCUAAUUAUUUUAUAUUUAUUGGAAUUGGCUCAGUUGUAAUGUUUGAAUGUAACACUUUCACUAAUGCUUUCAGUAACUCUUUCAAACUAAAAAGGCUUUGGAAAAAAUUUUGAAAUGCUUCAUUUUGGUUGGUCAUAAUCAAACUACAGAUACAUUGUUAAUAAACUUAUCAAAAACU